ACGACAACGCGAGAAAAAUUAGUAUUUUUGCACUUCACAAAUUAAUGACCAUGAGCUCGUUUUUGAUAAACUCCAACUACAUCGAGCCCAAGUUCCCUCCCUUCGAGGAGUACGCGCAGCACAGCGGCCCGGGCGGCGGAGACGGCGGCCCGGGCGGGGGCCCCGGCUAUCAGCAGCCCCCAGCGCCCGCGGCCCAGCACCUGCCGCCGCCGCAGCAGCAGCCCCAGCUCUCCCACGCGGGCGGCAGUCGCGAGCCCCCGGCCUCCUACUACGCGCCGCGGGCCGCCCGCGAGUCCUCCUAUCCCGCGGCCGCACUCUACCCCGCGCAUGGGGCGGCCGACACUGCCUACCCCUAUGGCUACCGCGGUGGCGCCAGCCCCGGGCAGCCGCCGCAGCCCGAGCAGCCCCCGGCGCACGCCAAGGCUCCUGCGCACGGCCUGCACGCGAGCCACGUCCUGCCGCCGCCUCCCCCGCAGCAGCAUGCGGCGGCCCCCGCGCCCCCGCGGCGCUGCGAGGCGGCUCCCGCCACCCCGGGCGUCCCGUCAGGGGGUAGCGCCCCCGCGUGCCCGCUGCUCCUGGCCGACAAGAGCCCGCCGGGCCUGAAGGGCAAGGAGCCCGUGGUGUACCCCUGGAUGAAGAAGAUCCAUGUCAGCGCCGUCAACCCCAGUUAUAAUGGAGGGGAGCCCAAGCGCUCCCGAACCGCCUACACCCGGCAGCAGGUCUUGGAGCUGGAGAAAGAGUUCCACUUUAACCGCUACCUGACCCGGCGUCGCCGCAUCGAGAUCGCUCACACGCUCUGCUUGUCUGAGCGCCAGGUCAAGAUCUGGUUUCAGAACCGAAGGAUGAAGUGGAAGAAAGAUCAUAAACUGCCCAACACUAAGAUGCGAUCCUCCAACUCCGGCUCGGCUUCAGCAGGCCCGCCAGGAAAACCACAAACUCAGAGCCCGCAUCUGCAUCCUCACCCCCACCAGGGCGCCUCCGCACUCACUCCUCCCUCUAUGUAAUCUUCCAGAGCUCUAGACCAGUUCUGUCCCUCACCUGAUUUUCUCCUCUCUUCUGCCCCUUUUCCCAUCCACCCGUCCCAUCUGGACUACACCAGUCCCAUCUGGACUACAACAGACCCCCAAACAAAACUCAACUUGGAGAAAAGGAUAAUAAAAAGAAGAUGUUUUGCGGGUAAGAAACUGUGUGAACUGCUUGCCACUGAAGAGAAGACAAUGAUCAGGAUGCUGGCUGGUGGAACAACCUGCUGGCCUGGACAAGGCUGCCAGGUUUGGGUACCUGAGAAGGACCGCUUGGCAUCAAAUACUUUUGAGAUGGCUGAAGCCAGUCACACAACUCAUGUUGACUGGGAACAUGUACAUUUGUUGCAAGCAGAAGAAAACAGACCCUUUUCCUACUUUCCUUACCUUCCGCUCCCUCCUUAAGGCAGCUCAUAAAAGCUUGUACUGAACUGAAUAAAUGAAUAGCCACUAUGGACCUCACAAGAUUAUUUAAUUUUCAAAAAUGUAUAGACCUUGAUGGUAGAUGUGACACAUGUUAGUUUCCCUUUCAUUUAUUUAAAAUAUUGCUAUGGGGAUAUUGUCUUAUUCUGAGGCACAAUCUUGGAAGGGAGAGUGCAUUUAGUACCAUGUGCAG